UCCACGGUGGGCGGAGUUUACGUCCAGGCACCAUGGCUUCGGUUGGGACCGAGCCCGCUGGUCUAGCCAAGAGCUGCGUGGAUAAAGGUGGAUCCACAAAGAAAGAGGGACUCGAUCCAGGAAGCAAUGGAGAAGAGAAGUCAGAUGGGGACAAAGAGGUAGCAGACAGACUGGCCUUUUCCCCUGCAGCAGAGGUGAUGCUGAACGGCACCGAGAGCGACGACACAAGCCACAAGGACCUGACAACAGGAAAUAACAAGACUGUACUGUUGUUAAAUGAAAAUGGCACGUCUGACACGGAGCCACCGCAUGGUUCUGUUACUGGAAGCAAUGGAUUCAUUCUCACUAAGCAGCAGCAGCCGGAGCAGGAAGGCAGCGCUGCAGCGGCACCAGGUUUGGGAGUUUCCCCUCACAGGACUAACUGGUUGCCCUCGGGCUCACCGACAGGGGGGCAUGCAGCCAAAACCCUCCCUGCCUCGGCAUCUGGGAGUGCACAGAGUUCAGGUGCACUAAGGACUGCCCCCAGUACAGGGACAAAGCCGGGGCAGGGGACACCAGACACUAAAAAUGGCCCCAGUUUAUCUCCUUCCCCGGUUCCAGCGCCAGUCACCGUACACAGAGCGCGCAAGACCAUGUCCAGACCUGCUGUCAGCCCUGCACAAAAGCUUCUUAACAGGGAAUUAAGGGAAGCAAAGAGUGCCAAAAUGGAGUCUCAUGUUGCACCCGACCUGCAGAAAUCCUCACCGCAGUCACCCUCUCAGAACCACCUACCUCAGAGUCCACCAGAUACGCCAUCUUCAGCACAAACUGCAUCAUCAGCUUCACCAGCACCUGUUCCUCCACCACAGCCACCUCCAGCUCCUGCAGAACGGGCAGCUCCUUCGGCUUCUCCUGCUCCUGUCCAAGCCAAGCUCCAGCUAGGCUCUUACUCAGGAGCGCUGUCAUCCCGUAAGAAGAAGAGGCGAAUGGGAAUGUACAGCUUGGUUCCCAAGAAGAAAACCAAAGUGCUAAAGCAGAGAACUGUGCUGGAAAUGUUUAAGGAACUACAACAGACUGCCAAGAGUCCAGAGGCUAAAGAGGUGGCCAGCAUAAAUGGGGAGAAAGUGGGAAAUGCAUCUGAGGAUGAAGAGUCAGAAGAUCUGGAGUCUGAAGAGGAGGAACAACAGCAGCCAUCAGAAGAACCGGAAAGUGCUGCGCAGGAACCCUCUGAAUCCAUCGCUCAGGUGAAAGACGAGCAGGAGUCUGAAGAAUCUGGAGAGGAAGAGUUGGAGGAGGAAGGCACUGAAUCUGACUUGAGCACAGAGUCGAGUCUGAAGAAAAAAUUGAAAAAGAAAACAAAAGCAGACAGCGCAUGGCUCCGGCCCUCCAGGAAACGAAAAAGGAGGAUGAAGUCCAAAGAGCUGGAGGUGGCUGUUCAGCCUCAGGCUCCAACUCCAGCCGAACCCCAUGAUCACAAGGAGUACACGCAGAUUGUCCCACCUGUCAGCCUCAGCACGCCUUCACCCAGCAAAGACACUUCAGGGUUGGCGGUUGAGGAGGCUCAGGAGCUUCCGCUCUGCAGUUGCCGCAUGGAGACCCCCAAGAGUCGAGAAAUUCUCAUUCUGGCAGACAGGAAGUGCAUGGCCACAGAGAGUGUAGAUGGACAGCUGACUCGCUGCCAGGACGCUGUAGUGAAACAUGAAAUGAUGCGUCCUUCCAACUCCGUUCAGCUACUCGUUCUGUGCGAGGACCAUCGCAACGGCAUGGUGAAGCACCAGUGCUGUCCGGGCUGCGGCUUCUUCUGCAGAGCGGGGACCUUCAUGGAGUGCCAACCAGAUGUGAACAUCUCUCACCGUUUCCAUCACGCUUGUGCCUCAGUGCUGAAAGGUCAAAGCUUCUGUCCUCACUGCGGAGAAGAGGCCAGCAAGGCCAAGGAGGUCACCGUUGCCAAGGCUGACACCACCUCCACCGUGCCCCCUGCUCUUGAACAUGGGCCAGCCACGCCUGGAGCCCUCGAGGGCCGAGCAGACACGACCACUGGCAGCUCCUCUUGUUUAACUGUGGGGGCUGAAGUCAGUGGCCGGGCUGACAGUUCGCUGCCUGUUCGUUCUGCACAUGGAUUCGACACAUCUGCUGUUCCUGGGUCCUCCAGGGCUGCCCCCCUGCAGGCUGUGAUGGCAACAACAGCCCUGUGUACACUCACUCCAGGACCCAGAGAAACUCUAGAGAGCAUCCUGGUGGCUCUCGACACAGAAAAACCCAAGAAACUGCGCUUCCACCCUAAACAACUUUACCUCUCUGCCAAGCAAGGAGAACUGAAGAAGGUCCUGCUCAUGUUGGUGGACGGUAUUGACCCGAACUUUAAGAUGGAAUCGCAGAAUAAACGCACCCCGCUGCACGCAGCAGCAGAGGGAGGUUACAAAGACAUCUGCCACAUGCUUGUUCAGGCUGGUGCAAACUUGGACAUGUGUGAUGAAGAUCAGCGGACUCCUCUGAUGGAAGCCUGUGAGAACAACCACAUGGAGGUGGUCCUGUACCUGCUCAGAGCUGGAGCCAGUGCCAUGCACAAGGAUGUUGAAGGGUUCACGUGCCUCCACCUAGCGGCCAAAUCUGGCCAUUACAAGAUUGUUGAGCACCUUCUGUCCACUGGACUGAUUGAUAUUAACUGCCAGGAUGACGGAGGCUGGACGCCCAUGAUCUGGGCCACAGAGUACAAACAUGCAGACCAGGUGAAGCUGCUUCUUACUAAAGGAGCUGACUGCAGCAUCAGGGACAAGGAAGAAAACAUUUGCCUUCACUGGGCUGCAUUCUCUGGCAGUGUGGAGAUAACGGAGCUGCUGUUGAACGCUCACUGCAAUCUGCAAGCUGUCAACAUCCACGGAGACUCUCCUCUACACAUUGCUGCUCGGGAGAAUCGCCUGGAUUGCAUCACGCUCCUCCUGUCUCGAGGAGCAGAUGUGUUUUUGAAGAACCGCGAGGGAGAAACUCCCCCAGACUGCUGCAGCCACAACUCGAAGGCCUGGGGCGCUCUGCAGGCCAACAGGAAGGAGAGGGAUGCCAAAAACAUUAGGCUUAGUCAAGCAGAAGAGAAAGCCCUUCACAGUGACAUAGCUUUAGGGCAAGAGCGAGUUCCCAUCCCCUGUGUCAACGCAGUUGACAGUGAACCUUACCCAGAUGGCUACAAGUACAUCCCCGAAAACUGUGUUACUUCCCCUAUGAAUAUUGACAGGAACAUAACACACUUACAGUACUGUAUUUGUAAGGAAGACUGCUCUGCGAGUAUCUGCAUGUGUGGACAGCUCAGUCUGCGCUGCUGGUACGACAAGAGUGGUCGACUUCUACCUGAAUUCUGCCGAGAGGAGCCUCCUCUCAUCUUUGAGUGUAACCAUGCGUGCUCCUGCUGGAGGACCUGCAAGAACCGCGUAGUGCAAAACGGACUCAGGACCAGACUCCAGCUGUUCAGGACCAGUAAGAAAGGCUGGGGUGUCCAAGCACUGCAAGACAUACCACAAGGGACCUUUGUAUGCGAGUAUGUCGGUGAGAUAAUCUCUGAAGCAGAAGCAGAGAUGAGGCAAAAUGAUGCUUACCUGUUCAGUCUGGAUGACAAGGAUCUCUAUUGCAUUGAUGCUCGUUUCUAUGGAAAUAUCAGUCGCUUCCUCAACCACAUGUGCGAGCCCAACUUGUUCGCUUGUCGAGUGUUCACGAAACACCAGGACCUGCGCUUUCCACACAUUGCCUUCUUUGCCAGUGAAAACAUCAAAGCUGGAGAGGAGCUUGGAUUUAACUAUGGUGACCACUUCUGGGAAGUCAAAAGCAAGGUGUUCAGCUGUGAAUGUGGCUCAUCCAAGUGCAGGUACUCCUCAGCGGCAAUGGCGUCCCUGCAGGCGGACAGCACACCCGAGGACCAGCAGCAGCCCAGCGCGUCGCCUGACACCAGCUCUUCCAACAGUCCUUCCAGUCCCUCCUAAAAAAACAACAACAACAAAAAAACAAAACAAAAACAAAAAAACAACAACAACAACAAAAAAAACAAACAAACGCUCCACACACUAAGUUUGGCCUCGUGUACUGACGGACACACGGGGACGCCAGUCCACAUCCUCUUUAAACUUUCAUUGGUGAACUUGUACUGUAUCUCCACUUUGGAUUGAAACCACGGACCACUGACCUUCGUUGAGAACCUAAAGACGAGAUGCACAAUCACAUCCUGGACUAACCUCCUGCUCUAUUAUUCCGCCGUAUGUAAUGUGAACAGCAGGGGGUGAUGUCAUCACGCACAGUAAACGCCACAGAGACGAUAAAACAGUCUUUACAUUUCAUAUUUCACUUUGCUGGAAAGCAGAACUGUGCGUUUUUGUUUUUCCCUUUUUCACC